CUGGUCACCAAUGGAGUCCUAAUACCAGUUACCCAUAGCUCAUGGGCCACUCCUAUCGUUCCAAUAGUGAAGAAAGAUGGCUCUCUCCGGAUUUGCGGUGAUUUUAAAGUCACUGUCAACCCAGUGUUGUGUGCAGAGCAAUACCCGCUUCCCCGCAUCGAUGACCUCUUCGCAGGCCUGGCUGGGGGACAAAAGUUCAGUAAGAUUGAUCUGAGUCAAGCAUAUUUACAGAUGCACGUCGAUGAAAAGUCCCAAGAGCUGUUGCCUAUUGUGACUCAUAAGGGGCUUUAUCGAUACUGCCGCCUACCCUUCGGAAUCACAUCGGCUCCCGCCCUGUUCCAGAGGGCUAUGGACCAGAACUUGUGUGGCUUGUUAGGAGUUCAGUGCUAUCUGGAUGAUAUCGUGGUCACUGGAAGAAAUGAAGAGGAUCACUUAAAGAAUUUAGAGGCUACCCUACAAAGACUGGAAGAGUAUGGCCUACGAGUUCGCAAAGACAAGUGUGAAUUCUUCAAGCCCUUUGUUGAAUAUUUGGGACACAUCAUUGAUUCUGCAGGUCUUCAUAAGGCCCCUGCAAAAGUUAAAGCUAUUUUGAAGGCUCCCCGACCACGAAAUGUAAGCCAGCUGCGCUCGUUUCUAGGACUACUGAACUAUUAUGGAAAGUUCAUCUCACAGUUAGCC